AUGGUAGCUCAGGCUGGCAGGAAUGGGUUCUCGAUGAAGAGGAGGCUAUCAGACACAUCAAGUUUGCGUAAGUGGUGCUACGCUCUUGUUAGAAGGAACUUACGCGCUACUAAAUACGAGCACGGUAUUCAAACGUUCGACACUGCUGACAUGUACUCCAACGGCUUGUCGGAGGUCAUCCUAGGCAAGGCGAUCAAGCAGCUUAACCUUCCCCGCGAGGAGAUUGUUGUGAUGACGAAGCUUUUCAUGCCCUUUACACCCGGUAAAUGGGGCACCAACAUCUUCAGUUCUGGACAGAGCGCGGACGAAAUCGGCCUAGUCAACCAACACGGACUCAGCCGCAAGCAUAUUUUCGAUGCGGUUAAGGCCAGCUUGGAACGUCUGCAGCUCGACUACAUUGACCUCUAUCAAUGCCACCGGUUCGACUACGAAACUCCCAUCGAGGAGACGAUGCAAGCAUUACACGACGUUGUCAAAGCCGGAUACGUGCGCUACAUCGGCAUGAGUUCUUGCCACGCCUUCCAAUUCCACGCUAUGCAGAACUACGCCAUCAGAAACAAGCUCACUCCGUUCGUCGCCAUGCAGAACCAUUACAGCCUAAUGUACCGCGAAGAGGAGCGCGAGAUGUUCCCUACUCUGAAGAUGUUCGGUGUAGGGUCCAUCCCUUUCUCGCCUCUGGGGCGUGGAGUGCUUGCCCGGCCGUUGACCGAAAACUCUAAGCGCGGAGAGACAGACCCCUUCCAGAAGAUUUACAAAGGUGUUGGUACCCCGGAAAUUGUGAAGCGUGUCGAGGAGGUUGCCAAGAAGAAGGGCAUCAGCAUGGCGCAAGUCGCGAUUGCCUGGUGCCUGGCCAAAGAUGGCGUGAGUGCUCCUAUUGUCGGAACCACGAGCCUCGACAAUCUGAAGGAUAUCAUCGGUGGAGUGCACGUAACACUUGGGGAAGAUGAGAUAAAGUACCUGGAGGAGCCGUAUAUCCCGCAGAACAUUGUCGGUCAUGCGCAGGUAGUCAAGCGCGGUGUCAAUAUUCAGAUACGGCCCUAA